AUGUCUUCUGAGUUCAAUGCUCUUCAAUCUCAAGGAACUUGGUCUCUUGUCCCUCCGCCAUCAAACCAAAUCAUAAUUGGCUUCAAAUGGAUCUAUAGAAUCAAACAUCAUGCCAACGGGACAAUUGCUCGUUACAAAGCUCGAUUAGUUGCUCAAGGUUUCAAACAGGAAUACGGCAUCGACUAUCAAGAAACAUUCAGCCCUGUGGUCAAAUUCUCGACCAUCAGAAUGUUUCUCCUAGUUGCUUUACAUCAUGGGUGGUCUAUAUUACAACUCGAUGUUGUUAGUGCUUUUUUACACGGAAAUCUCACCGAGACAGUUUAUAUGGCUCAACCACAAGGUUUCCAAGAUCUCCAACAUCCCUCUCAUGUUUGUAGAUUACACAAAGCAAUUUAUGACCUCAAACAGGCCCUAAGACAGUGGUUUACAACUUUGUCAACAUUUCUUCUUUCCAGAAAUUUUAAAAUCAGCUCUGCCGAUCCAUCAUUCUUCAUUUAUGAUCAUAAGCAGAAUACAAUUUAUUUACUAAUUUACUUUGACGAUAUUUUGCUUUGCGAAAAUGAUUCACAUUUUAUUUCUAGCUUGCUACAGCAACUUCAACAAAAUUUUCAUAUUAGAAACCUUGGUGAACUGUCUCGCUUCCUUGGCAUUGACUUCACCCGAACACCAGGUGGCUACCAUUUGUCUCAACAAAGCUAUGUUGAACAACUUUUGUCAACCGCAGCCAUGUCCAAUUGCAAACCACUAGCUACGCCAUUACCUGCAAAAUGGUCAUCCUCACCGGGACUUCAGAUUCCUUACAGUCAACUAGACUUCUACCGUCAAAUAGCUGGAUCAUUACAAUAUUUAACCAAUACACGACCGGAUCUUGCCUUCGCAUUGAACAAACUAUGUCAAUUUAUGCAUCAACCAUUAAUCUGCCAUUUUCAGCUUUUAAAGCAUAUUCUUCGAUAUCUCAAAGGCACGAUAUAUGUUCGUCUUUUUCUACCCAAGUCUGAUCUCACUCUCACUGCAUAUGCCGACUCUGAUUGGGCAGGCGACGUUACCGAUCGCAAAUCAACUACAGGUUCUUGCAUAUUUCUUGGUUCAGCACUUCUUUCGUGGUCAGUCAAGAAGCAAUCUACCGUAGCUCGCUCCUCCACUGAAGCAGAAUAUCGCUCUCUCACUGCUCCAGCUAUCGUCAUUAUUUGGGUUUGUCGCUUAUGUGCUGAUUUCUCCAUCAAGCUUUCCUCUACUCCACUUUGA